UUCACAUACAAUUGUAAUGUGUAGUGGUUAGAAUAGCAAAAGCCUCCUACUAAUAUCAUAACUUCUUAAGCUAGCUGAAAUGGAAAAUAGUUCUGUUAGUCCUGCGGACGUCAAGGUUCAACUUCAACAAAAUGGCAGCCAACAACCUCAGAAAACCAAAGCCCAACUCAAAGCAGAACGACGAGAAAAACAAGAGGCACAGCGAGCAGCAAAAGCAAAACUGAAGGAAGCACAGGCUCCAGGAGGCGUUCAGAAACAGCAACCCAAGCAGCAACAGAAGAAGGAACAGAAUAAACCACCACAGAAACCAAUUUCAGAGAAAAAAGACGUCCAGAAACAGUCUGACAAUAAACAACUGAAAAAGUUGGACGAUACGUUAAAAGCCCCAAGCUCUAAAGAUGGAAUAUUUUCUCAUUUAAAACAAUACGAUAGGAAUUCACCUCCUACAUCGACCUUAAGUUACUCAUCCUCGCCUGUCCAUCCAGCCUUCGUCAAACUUGGUAUCCAGAUGGCACGGGAAACGAUAGUGGGCAGUAAUGGCCGAUGUGCUGCAUUGAUAUGCGCAGUUAAGAUAUUUAUCCAGCAAUACAGGUGUCCUAAAUCUAAGGAAGUUCGACAACAUCUCAACAUAGCACUGAAACCGUGUUUUAAUUAUCUGAGCGUAUGUCGGUUGUUCUCAGUGUCAAUGGAAAACUUCGUAAAGUUCAUCAAACACACAAUCUCCAAAGUCAGCCCGGAAAUUUCUCUCGAAAAAGCUAGGGAAGAACUUCUCAGUGAAUGCGACCGGUACUUCGAAGAGAAUAUCUAUCUAGCAGCCCAGGCCAUCACAACUACAACAGUCAACAGAAUUAAUGAUGGGGACACCAUCCUUAUCUACGGCAGGUCACAGUUGAUAUUGCGGAUUUUGCUGGCAGCAAAGAAAGAGGGCAGGAAGUUUAGAGUAAUGGUUGUGGACAACAGGCCUGAUCUGAGGGGAGUCAAUGCGUGUGAGAGGCUUACUGAGGCCGACAUCCCCUGUUCUUACGUAUACAUCAAUUCCGCUACUUAUGUCAUGAAGGAUCAGAUAACUAAAGUGCUGCUGUCAGCUGAUGCUCUGUUAGCUAACGGUUACGUACUAGGACCAGUGGGAACGGCCAUGUUAGCGCUAAUAGCUCACAAGUACAAUAAACCAGUCAUCGUGUGCUGUGAGACAUAUAAGUUCUCAGAGAGGGUCCAGACUGACUCUAUACUCUUCAACGAGCUCGCUGAUCCAAAAGACAUGUUAAAAACUAAAACGGGCGCCGCCUCCCCACUCUCUGAUGACGCUGACCACCACAACGUGAACCUGGUAAACUUGGUUUACGACGCCACGCCCCCUACCCUGGUCUCCAUUGUGAUCACCGAGAUAGCGGAACUACCCUGCUCCAGCGCUCCCGUUAUCCUGCGGAGGGACACUGAGAGGCGGUGUUAACACCACAAAUCACGUGAUGUUAGACCACGAGUUUAAAUGGUUGUUUCUAUUUAUUCUGUUAAAUUCUGAUCCAUUGUACGUCAAUUUUGAGAAUUUUAUGGUGAUGAAUAAUAUUUACCUGGGGACCUCAGGCUAUCAUGUUCAUAAACAUAGAGAUUAAGCGGAAUUACAGGCUGAGCGCGGCCCAGUAAAAUAAUAUGAGUCACGUUAAGAUGUUUCGUUAAGAUAUUUGGUUUUGUGAAAAAGUGAACUUGAGACCCUACCUGAUGAGAUAUUCCUUAUUCGGAUCGUAUAAAUAUACUUUUGCGCAUCUUAAGAGAUGUGUCAUUUUUUAUUGUCAAAACGUCCUUUUCCAAUUUCCUUUAGAAAACGUUCUUUAUUUAAUUCUACUAUAAAUAUAAUUUAUAAAUAUUAAAAUUUUAAUACGUAUACAGUAAUUUUCGAUUUUCGCAUUGUUAUUUAAAGAGAUUUGACUUUCUGAACUAAGCUAGGAACUGACCGGAUAUCCGGCUUUAAUAUCCGGUCCUGGUUCCGGUCCGGUUUCCAAGAUUUUGGCCGGAUAUUCAACCGGAACUUUCUUUUUUGAAUGUUCCUGAAAUCUA